AUGCUCUUGCAUCCCAUUGUUCAGUUGCGCACGGCGUCUAUUGCUCGGGCCACGCAACUAGACCCUAUCACUAAUAAGCAGCAAAGUGUACGCGCUAACAGACCUCCCAAGCAGAGUCAUACACCUCAGAUCGUCAUGUCUUUCCUCACCUCCGUACGUGCAUCGAUCACCCACCGCGUGGCCAUCAGACCAAGCUACAGGGCCGUCUCAGCCUUCCACAACUCCCCCGCUCGCCUGGGCUUGAACGAGUCAGAUGGGAACCGGGAUGAUCUGGACUCCUACUACGAGGCUGAGAAGGAAGAUCUGUUGAAGAGUACCAAGGAGGGCAAGGCGAAGUGGAAGGGCGAGCUUGCUAGCAACAGUGAGGCAUCGGUCAAGGCGGACCGCGGCGAGCUUGACAGCGACGAUAAGGACUUCCAAUCACUCCAAAGUCGCACUAAGGAUCUGCCGAACAGGAGUGGGCCUGUGAACAAAACUCAAUAG